AUGAGAAUGGUAGAUGAUAUUGCAGUGUCACGUUUUGGAUAUUUGAAGGUGGAAAGUAACUACAGAUGUAACAAUCGACCAAAAGAAAUUCAGCGUGAUGUUCCAUGUAUUAACAUAAUAUUACGUUCAGACUGUAAAAUGCAUUCCAAUCAGUACAACUACGUGCAAAAAGAAAACGCACAAAAUGAGAACAAACCAGAGCCUCGGAAUAAUGAAGAUUUAGUUAAAACUAAUGUACAGAGGCCAAGUGUGUCAGGUUUAAAUUCUCCUGGCACAAAGUAUAAUUCUACCUACUUUAAUACCGACAAUCAUUUUGAUGUCUUGCAAACAUUAGGAAUGAAAUAUAAUUAUACUGCCUUUGACAUAGAAAAUAAGCUGAAUGUGUCACAAUCAGUAGGUGUGCAAAAUAAAGCACAGUCCAAUCAGGGUACUAAACAAUCAGCCUCUAAUAGUACUUCAAAGAUUCGGUACAGUAGCCCACUAUUUUCAUAUUAUCCUGUUCAUUCCACUGAAAUAUCAAAUGACAGCAAAGCUUUGGAUAAUGCAGCUAAAAAAAGAUUAAUGUUCUCCAAGAAUAACAACGUAGUUUUAAAUGAUAAAAUUGCAAAUAUCGUCUGCACUAACAAAUCGUACAAAAUUUCUAAAAAUAAUUAUGAUAAAUAUACUUCAUUGGAAGAAAGUACUUUUAACAAAACCAUAUCAAGGAAUAAAAGAUUAACAAAUCUUUUACAUCGAGAUGACAUAAAUUUCUGUACUGAUACAACUUGUACUAAAACUAAUUGUUCUGCAUCAACUACGAAAAGAGAAAAUAAGCAUAAAAGUACACAUACCGAUAUAAAAUGUAUGCAUGAUGUUACAACAAAUACUUUAUUGAAAUCUACUGAAAACUUUCACUAUAAUGAAGAACGAGAAAAAAAAUGUAUAAAUACAAUUGAUACUGCUUUGGAUACAGUUCAGAAUAUGUUGAAAGGGGUAAAAAAAUUUGAAGACAAAGAUAUUGAUAAACGAAAUGCUGAAAAUUACCACUAUCAAGAAGUAAGAUGCAAAAAUAUGGGUUGCAAUUACUUAAAUGCGGUGGAUGAUGUUGCUAUAUCGAAAUAUAAAGAAAAUUGUGCAAAUUUAGCAGAGUUAAUAAAACCAGAAUAUGUGAAAAUGUUACAGGAAAUUAAAGAACACACGAUGGCGUUAGAAGAGCAAUUGAUAAUCAUGAAUAAGAAUAUGAAGAUUAAGAAGAAAACAAUUGAAAAACUUAUGUCUGCUCCUGAAUAUCAAGACGCUUAUAAUACUGAACAGCAAAGAGAUAUAAUUACACAGAAUCCUGAAAAAAGAAAUAUCUGUGUUCAGGAACCAUCAAAAAGCACCAGUUAUGUAAACUGUAUGCAGUAUACAACAUUUAAACCUGAAAAAGAUAACGAUGAGCAACAUAUUAAGAAACAAGAUGUAGCUCUUGAAAAAAGCAAACAUAAAAGGGAGGUAGAGCAAAAAUGUAAAAGUUCCACAGAACAGCAGGAAAAUAAAGAUCACAGAAAAGAUAUUAAUAAUUUUAAAAGAACACAUAAUGUACAAAUUCAAUGUAUAAGAUCUUUUCAUAUAAUUGACGCUUCGAGUUUUAAAUCCUUUUCAACAUCAACAUCUAAAAAGGUAAAUUCUACAAACAACAAAAACAAUGUUUGUUAUAUUUCCCGUCGUGUCCAAAGCAGUCUUAUAAGCAAAGAAAAUUUACGUACACAACGAAUUAAUAAAACUAUGUUAGAUAAAUUGAUAAUCAAUGCUGUAGAAAUGAAUAAUAAGGGAAUAAAUGACGAGCAGGAAUCUUUGACUCAUGAGGAAAAAGCUAUCAUGAUGUUACUCUUAGCAAAGAGUAUAAGUAAUAAAUGUUUAAAAUCUAAACAUAAGAAAUCAGAACUUAUAAACUUUAGACCAAAAUGCAUUAUUGAUUCGUGUAUUCCAUGUGAUCAAAGGUUGGUUAAAUGUAAAUUGUCCAAGAGAAAAAUGCAGAUACCUGUUGUGUUCAAACAAUCAAAACCCAUAAAAUAUAAGGACGAACAAAGUAUCUACUCAAAUCAAAAUAGUUGCGAGUGUUUACCAGUACAAUCAGAAAAUAAUUUAGUAACUACUGUUUGCACACAGUCGUCCAAUUUACAAAUUACUACUGCCACCUCAGUUUCUUGUACUUCGUUCAACAAUAGAAUUAUUGUAGACAAUGUAACUGAAGAAAGGAGAACAAGAGGAGAUGUUUGUAUAUUAAGUUAACGAAUGAAUGCAAAACAAAAGCUUACAAAAUUCCAAAUAUGUGUUAAGUUAAAAUGUGCCUAUUGUAGUAUUUUAGUUCUUAAUUUAAUCAAGUACAUUGUUGCCAGUAUCAAGAACUGACAUUUAAUGUUUCAACUUUUAAAUUGACUAUAAAAUUUCUAAUACUAUUUGUAGAUAUAGCGUUGCGAUAAAUUAUAUGAAAAUGUAAAUUUUAAACUAACAAAUUAUAAGACUGUACUAGCACUAAUUAUAAGACUGUAUUCAUUACCAUGUUGCAUACGUUAAUAUAUCGUAUUAUUUUUAUAUUUUACAUGCUGAAUCAAUAAAGUUAUAAUUUAAUUAAAACAUA